CGAAGUGCAGCGGGAGGGGAAAAUCAGACCCUUUCUACCCUUUCUCUCAGCACCAAUGGCACGGUAUCUUCUCCCUUCCACCACCACCGCCGUCUCUUCGCUCCCCAGGGAUGCCAGGACCUCGCCGGCGCCCUUCCUCGCCCUGCGCGGGCUCGCCUCCAGGUCCAAGCAGGCGCGCCCUAUCAUGGCGGUGGUGUCGGAGCAGCCCACCGCGCCCAGCAAGUUCCCCAAGGUGGCCGCCCCCACGACCGGCCCGAUUCCCGCCGACGAGCUGCUCGGAGUCAUCCAGGCCGCCGCCAAGGCCGGCGCAGAGGUUGUAAUGGAAGCUGUUAAUAAGCCGCGCAAUAUCCAAUACAAGGGGACUGCAGACUUGGUGACAGACACAGACAAACUGAGCGAGUCUGUCAUUCUUGAAGUUGUGACCAAGAACUUUAAAGACCAUCUCAUACUUGGGGAGGAAGGGGGCAUUAUUGGAGAUUCCCUGUCAGAGUAUCUCUGGUGCAUUGAUCCUUUAGAUGGAACAACAAACUUUGCACAUGGUUACCCCAGCUUUUCUGUAUCCAUUGGUGUUCUAUUCCGAGGAAAGCCUGCUGCUGCCACUGUGGUGGAGUUUUGUGGUGGGCCUAUGUGCUGGAGCACUCGUACAAUAUCUGCAUCUUCUGGCAAUGGUGCUUAUUGUAAUGGGCAAAAGAUUCAUGUCAGUCCAACGGAUAAGGUGGAACAAUCUCUUCUGGUUACUGGGUUUGGAUAUGAACAUGAUGACCCAUGGCUGACCAAUAUAAAUUUGUUCAAGGAAUUUACUGAUAUUAGUAGGGGGGUACGAAGGCUAGGCUCUGCUGCUGCUGACAUGUCCCAUGUUGGUCUUGGCAUUACAGAAGCCUACUGGGAAUAUCGGCUUAAGCCAUGGGACAUGGCUGCUGGCGUUCUGAUAGUUGAAGAAGCUGGUGGGGUAGUGUCACGCAUGGAUGGUGGAGAGUAUACCGUCUUUGAUCGUUCUGUUCUUGUUUCCAAUGGUGCUGUUCACGAACAGCUUUUGGAUCGGAUCCGGCCUGCUACUGAAGAUCUUAAGAAGAAAGGAAUUGAUUUCUCCUUGUGGUUUAAGCCUGACAAGUACCCUACAGACUUCUGAGUUACGCAGCCCUUCAGCUACUUGUUCUCUUUGAAGCAAAAACAAGGAUACUUUUGCUCAACAACCAUGUACUUAGACUGACAAUACAUUUCAAAGUCAUUUGAGUUUUUAAAACUUAAAAGCCAUUUGACUUAAGCGGCUGGGUUAUUAUAGCCAAACUGUACAGGAAAAAAGAGUAGAGCUGCAACGAGCUUCAAUCAAUUUCGUUUUUCUCAAUAAUCAGAUGUAUCAGAAAUUAAUGUCUGCAAAAGAGUUAUGUAUGCAUAGUUGUGCCUGUUGUAUUUGGGAAAAUAUCAGCAAGUUUUGCCAAUCA